AUGGGAUCGAGAUUUGUGGAUGUGAGUAAUAGUAAAGGUUUGAAACGAAAAGAAUGGUCUAAAAAAGCUCCAAAAUGGCGAAAAACUAUCCGUGGUUUAUGUCUCGAGGGUCGAUGCUCAAAUUUGGAAUGCGAAGCUCACGACCACAGCGUUAUUAUGCGCAUUGGAUACAAAAAAUUUGAUAUUUUAGCCGAUCCAGAUGAAAGUACAACAGUAUGUCCAAUAUGUGAACAGUUUGUUGAACCAAAAACAUGUGCCUUUAAUAAUUGUUGGUGGAGAUAUGAAGGAGUUCAACAAGCAGAAGCUGGUAGUGAUAAACCACCAAAAAAAUGUUCAAGUGAAUGGUUUAGAGUCGAUGAUGCAUAUCAUUAUUUUGACGAAGAAACAAAUGGAAUGGUUACAUGGAAGCGUCUUGUAGUUGAAGCUGUUAAGGACAAGCCUAUAUAA